UUCGCGACAUGGGACGGAGCCUCCGAGCCGCCUGCACAGCUUAAGGAUUCUGAAGCCGCUCUGCGAUGGAAGAGGACCAGGAGCUAGAGAGGAAAGCAAUAGAAGAACUGCUGAAGGAGGCAAAACGUGGGAAAACUAGAGCAGAGACAAUGGGACCGAUGGGUUGGAUGAAGUGUCCUCUUGCUGGUACAAAUAAAAGAUUCCUAAUUAACACAAUUAAAAACACACUGCCCUCCCAUAAAGAGCAAGACCAUGAACAAAAAGAGGGUACUAAGGAAACCGCAAAAAGCCAGGACCAGAAAGACACGAAGAAGCAGAGAAGCCAUCCUUACAAGCACAGCUUGCAUGCUCGAAGCUCCGUGAGCUACUCUCCUCCAAGGAAGCGGGGCACCAGGGACAAGUGCGACCCACGACCCAGCAGGCACUGAGUUCACCACACUGGGACUGGGGUGCAGCAGCACAGAGGUGAGCAACCAGGAAAAACACCUGAGAACGACUCCCUCCCAGGUUGUUUUGUAAGGUCGCUGAUGGUGACCAGCAAGUCAUGACCUCUUGACUCUUCAUGGAAGCGAAUGCAAAGAAACUUGUUCUGAAGACAAGGCUUAGCAAGAGUGUGCUCCUUCAGCCGUGUAGUGUACAUCUUUGUUGUUUUUAUCCUGUUUUGUGUGGAACUUAGUUUUAGAAAAGUUUUCAAAUUGUUAAAUCUAGUCCCAGUUUUUGAUGUGCUAUAAUUUGGUAAUUUCUCAAAACUUCUCAAAUAAUAAAACACUUACAAAUCA